AAUUCUCCAACACAGAGAACCAACCUACCCUGGCGCUGGAGAGGCAAGAAGACAAGCGCCGGGAUAGCCCGGGUCGCUAGAGCAGCCGAAAUCUGAGCCUAGGCGAUCAGGAGCAGGUGCGGGCUUUCUUUCGGCUAGGCCAGCUGCGAAGCUGUCUGCCUUCGACACUUUGUCCUGGCCCAAACCCUGUGACAGGCGCUCUGCAAGAUGAAUCUCAACUUCACCUCCCCUCUCCACCCGGCAUCUUCUCAGAGGCCCACGUCGUUCUUCAUAGAGGACAUUCUGCUACACAAGCCCAAGCCGCUGAGGGAGGUGGCCCCUGACCAUUUUGCAAGCUCUCUGGCCUCUAGGGUGCCUUUGCUAGACUAUGGCUACCCCCUUAUGCCCACACCCACCCUCCUCACCCCUCAUGCCCAUCACCCUCUGCAUAAGGGGGACCACCAUCAUCCUUAUUUCCUGACCACCUCGGGGGUGCCGGUCCCGGCGCUGUUCCCGCACCCGCAGCACGCCGAGCUGCCCGGGAAGCACUGCCGCCGCCGCAAAGCUCGCACGGUGUUUUCUGACUCGCAGCUCUCCGGCCUGGAGAAGAGGUUCGAAAUCCAGCGCUACCUGUCGACGCCAGAGCGCGUGGAGCUGGCCACAGCCCUCAGCCUCUCCGAGACUCAGGUGAAAACGUGGUUCCAGAACCGGCGGAUGAAGCAUAAAAAGCAGCUGAGGAAAACUCAAGACGAACCCAAAGCCGCAGACGGGCCUGAGAGCCCGGAGGGCAGCCCCCGGGCCCCAGAGGCCGCGGUGGCCGACGCUCGGCUGAGUCUGCCCGCCGGCGCCUUCGUGCUUACGGAGCCGGAGGAUGAGGUGGACAUUGGGGACGAAGGCGAGCUCAGCUCAGGGCCGCACGUGCUCUGAGUGCUCGGGCUGGGGAGGGAGACCAGGGCGAGCAGCUCGCGGGGCCAGCCGUGGUCCUUCCCGGACAGAAAGACUCGCUGAGACUCUAGACUCUGCUCCAGUCGCCCGGGCUGGAAGAAAGACUGUGCAGUCCAUUCAUCAAUCCGCAGGCGCCCGCGACUCGCCCCCAGCCUUCUCCCUGUCCGCAUCCUGUCCCCGUCCGGGAUCACCAGUGGGAUCGCUGGUUCCCGCGCUCGCUCGGCGUCUUCAGCGCCCGGGACCUGCCCAGUGUCGCAGUCCAAACUGGCACCUGGGCUCGCGGUUCUACAAUUCGACGGAGCUUUCUUCCCCGCUGCCAAUGCAGAGCCCCUCCAUCCUCCUUUCUCAGCCACUCGUCCCCUAGUUCUGUCGCCCUGUACCCGCCGCCUCUCCACCCGGACCGUAGCUUUCCCCUAAGCAGUACAGUUGACUGCAGAUGAAGGGACCAGAUGGCUGGGGCCAUGCGGGGAUCCAGGGAGAGCCACGCUGGACCUUUUAAACCUUCUGUGUCCUGGCAGGGUUGUCGGUGGCUUUUCACUAUUUCUGCUCACACCCCUACCCGGACCCCACAUUUCUAACUCAAAUCCCUAGGCGACCCCCUUCUACGGACUGCGCUUCCAUCCUCUGGGGUCCCAGUGGUCAUCGGUGCGCUCGGUAUCCCGGGCGCUUGUGGCGCUCAUGGUCCCCCACAACGUCCCUCUCCACAGACCCAUGGACAGAGAAAAUCCACAGCGCAAUUUCUGCUUCCGGAACUUGUUGCACUCUUGUCCCGCAACCCUUUCAUGUCCCAAAGGCUACUGAGAUUUUAAAA